AUGGUUAUCAAGGAAAUCAUCAACGCCAUAGUCGGGAAGGACGUCACGGACGUUGGACAUGAAUUGGAAUCACAAACCAGCGACAUCAAAGAGUAUGAUUUCGUGAUGAAGAAUGGCCUUCAUGUGACACUCGUCGACACGCCGGGUUUCGAUGACUCUGAGGGUAAAUCUGACGUCGUCAUUCUGAAAGAAAUUGGUGCUUUUCUCAAAGAAAAGUACGAUGAGGACCGCAAGUUCUCCGGCAUCUUAUACCUGCACAACAUCUGUGACCCCAAAGUUGGCGGCUCUUCGCAACGCAACAUGACGAUGUUCAAAAAAUUAUGCGGACCUGACUCCCUGAAGAAUGUCGUCGUCGUCACAACCUUCUGGGACGAGAUUGAGCCUGUCCAGGGUAUCAAAGCCGAAACACAAUUGAAGACCAAUGAUAAAUUUUUUAAAGGGUUAGUUGAAGGGAAAUCUAAGUUUGUCCGAUAUGGCAAGUUCCCCCCGGGAGAAGUUCCAGGCCCAGAGUUCUUGCCGCCAAUCUCUAUCGUCAGUGAGCUCGUUGCGCUUGACCCCGUAUUUGUCGAGAUGCAGAAGGAGCUUGCUGAGGGAAAGACUGUCGAGCAGACGUCUGCUGGUGCGGAGCUGUACAAGGAGCUGCAACAGCUCAAGGUCCAGCAAGAGAAGGAUGUCAUCGAUCUGAACCAGAAAAUCGGAGAGAUGAAAGCCCAAAACCUUAAGGACAGAGCAGCAAGGGAGGCAUUGGAGGACGAAAGCAAGGCUCUGAGAGACCAAAUCAAGGAUUGGGAGGCUAGACAGCAUGAACUACACCUGGCAGUGCGUUCCGGUAGGUCAGAGUGGGUCGCCGCUAUCGCCCAGUUAAAACAAGAGAAGGAAACUUCGGUCAAGGUGCGCUCACAUUCUAUGAUCACGGGGGCGUUUGUUAAAGUUACUCAGCAAAGGGAUCUUGAGUUGGAGAACAGCCGUCAAGCUGAGCUGAGAAGCGAAAUCGAACUCCUCAAAACUCUGCAUGCAAAGGAACUCCUAGAAUGCCAAUUUCAGAUUCGAUCUUUGCUCGACGGCAAUUCUGUAGAUGCCUACAGAAAAACGCAGCUCGAAAAAACCUGCGACGAUCUUAAAGCCACUGUGUCUGAUUUAUCUCUGUCCCUGACCAGGCUACGGGAUACGAAUGAAAGGGAGGCGGUGGAACGCAUCGACGUGAUGCGACAGUGUAACCAACUCCGCGCGAACGCGGCGACACAUGGGAAGACGUUGGACGACCUUGCAGAAGCGAGGUCGAAUAUAGCUCAGUUGAAAUCACAGUUGCAGGCAUCCCAGGCAGCACAAGAAAGGACUGUGUCUGAGCUCGAUAAAGUCAAGUCGACUUUGGCGAGUGUCGAGGAUAGUGCAGAUAUAGCUGCCACUACUCAGGCGAAGACGCUAUCAGAGCUCAACAUGCUUCGUGCCGCCCUUGCCGACACGGAGAGAAAUUUCGUCGCAUUGCAAAACACACAGGACAGUACAGCUUCAGAAUUGAGAGAGGCACGUCUCUCAUUGGAGAAAGUGAGAUCAGAGUUGAGUGCGGCUCAUGAGAGGCGUGAGGAGACAGAGUCGGACCUGCGAGAAUCCCUCAGUGCUCUAGAACGGAUGAACUUGGAGCUGGUCAAAGCCAGAGCAUCGUCCCCCUUGCCCUGGGAAUCUCCUCGUUCCUAUGCGACAGCGAAACUCCCAGGGGUAAACGAUAAAUCGGAAGGGGGCGAAGUCGAGGAAGAAGUCCACAUCCAUCCUCCCCAGCGUUCAUCUACUGUUCCGUCUCCUCGGUCUCCUCCGUCUUUAACGGAUAUGAUUUCAAGCAUGACAACUGCACGUUCACCACGGCCCAGGAGAACAACUGAAUUUCGACCACACUCGCCUUUCCGGUCUGAUUCCCGUCAACAACCCGUCGCAUCUCACACACCUCCUCCUGUACAUCCGGACCUUCGUGCCCAAAGGCGUAGGCCGGAUGCCCCUGCUCCUUAUUUCCCUUACCAACAAGAUCAUUACUCGGGCGGAUAUCCGCCCGAGCAAUCGCCCUCUUUCCCAAUGCCGCAGGGUCCCGCAUUUCCGUUUGGGACACCUGUGCAACCUCCACAAUACCGUUAUGGCUGA